ACAUGGAGUUAGAUCCGAAAGAGGAAGCAGCUCUACGGGCAGAAGCCGAACGUCUCCGACGGAUGGCUGUCAUCGGUGUCGCACUUUCCAUCGGCGCAGCAAUUGUUUGUGUGAUGACAGUUCCUUUCGUGUACAACUAUGUCCAACGGGUCGAGACAGUUCUUCAAAACGAGGCAGAUUUUUGCAGGGCAAAACGAGACUCUGUUUUAAAAGAGUUGACAAGAACACAAAAGCGAGCUGGGCUGAGAUUAAAGAGAGAAGAUACUUAUAGUGGAUACUCAGCAAGUUAUGGAACUUAUGACUCUGUUCCAGUUAUGCAUUACAAGAGCCCUGAAGUCACUGAACACAAAGAAGAACGUAUUGAGAAGAAAGAUGACUUCCAGCAAUGCUGUGGAUGCGGAUUUGGGUCACCUGGAGAGCCGGGAUCCCCAGGUCAAGACGGUCAUGACGGAGUGGACGGUAGACCUGGUUCAGAUGGAAACCCAGGUGCAGACAUGCAUCUUGAUGACACUUACAACAUGGCUGAUCAAUUUUGCUUUGAAUGCCUUCCAGCCCCUACAGGACCUCCUGGACCACCAGGUCUCAAGGGAAUGCCUGGUAUACCUGGAAAUCAAGGAGAGGAUGCUGGUCCAGGAAGACAAGGAAUGCCAGGUCCAACAGGGCCACCUGGCCCAAGGGGACCACCUGGAGAAACUGGAGAUGAAGGAGAAGGCGGUCCAGAUGGAAUUCCAAUGGAGAAAAAAUCACCUCCAGGCCCACGUGGACCACCAGGACCGGCUGGACCAGAUGGACCACAAGGACCAGAAGGAAGAUCUGGAAAGCAGGGACCACCGGGACCAACAGGUCAGGAAGGAGAAGAGGGUGUCAUUGGAGAGCCAGGAAAACCGGGAGAACCAGGAAAAUCAGGAGCAGCUGGAGCUCGAGGACCUGCUGGACCUUGCAACCACUGUCCAAAUCCCAGAACUGCACCGGGAUAUUAAGAUUUUAUCAAAAUCAUUUCUGUACAUUUGUUUUCACCAAACCUCGAUCACUUUUCAAUUUUAUCGCCACGGCUCAACUAACCAAGAUGGUGCCUUAAUUUAUUGUCUUUCAACAUUGUUUAUAAAUAAGUUGUUAUUU